CUGUCUCAACAUGCUGGCUCCUCCGCGUGAACAGAGCCCAACCUUCAAUGCUUGUGAUGUCAGCAUGUGGAUGGAAUCUGACAGCGCAGAAGAGCCAGAGGAAGGCACACAGAGAGUGAAAAGAGUGCUGGCGCUUGGAACUCUUGGAUUAUGUUUUUGUGCUGUCUGUGGCGUGAUCGUUUGCAUACUGUUGAGUGCACGUGGACAGGGCUUGCAAGAGUCAACUUCUGUGCUGUUGAGUGCACGUGGACAGGGCUUGCAAAGGUCAACUUCCGUGUCAUGUUUGGGCUUUGAAAAGUGCCCAACAUACCCACAGCCUUAUCCGUGGGGGACAUGGCCUGAAACUUAUUCCUAUAAGGGAAACUUUCCUGCAGGUUUUGCUUGGGGAGUUGGAACAGCGUCAUACCAGAUCGAAGGUGCAUACAAUGCAGGUGGGAGAGGAGCUUCCAUUUGGGAUACCUUUUCAGGUGCAAAUACAGCAGGGCCACGCAUGCCAGGAGCAAACUGCAGCUACUGCUGCAAAACUGCUCCGUGCCCCAUCAAUCCAGGUGUGAAGAGUAAAGGAGACACAGGGAAUGUUGCAACGGACAGCUACAAUAUGAUUCAGACAGAUCUUGCUUUGAUGAAAGCCAUGGGAUUAAAAAACUAUCGCUUCAGCAUUGCAUGGCCACGCAUGUUUCCCAUGGGAGAGUCUUCGGGAGACCCAAACUCUGAAGCCGUGAAAUGGUACAGUGACUUUCUUGAUGAACUUCGCGCAGCCAACAUCACUCCCUUUGUAACGCUUUAUCAUUGGGACCUCCCUCAAGCACUCUUCAGUCCACCUGAACGCAGCGCUUGGUGGGCACGUGAUGCUGAUGGAAAGCCCGUGGCCGAGAUUCUACCAAAUUGGCAGCAUUAUGUGGACACUUGUUUUCGACUUUUUGGAGACAGGGUUAAAUUCUGGAUCACAUUCAAUGAAGCAUGGUCCGCAACGAAACUUGCCAGUGGCAGCGGCAAAGCUCCGAGUAUUAAGCCCUUCAUGGACCCCUUGAAAGAUCCGUACAUUGCUGGUCACAACAUUCUGAAUGCUCACGCAGCAGCUGUGGACAUUUACCGUCGCAAAUAUCAGCAUAAGCAGAAAGGCAUGGUGGGAAUCACGAAUAACCUUGAUUGGCGCGAACCAAAAACAGACACUGAAGAGGACAUAGCGGCAGCCGAACGGGCCGUACUUUUUCAACUAGGUUGGUUCAGCGAGCCCAUUUUUGGCAAUGGUGAUUAUCCCACUGAAAUGAGAGCUAUUCUUGGGGAUGUUCUGCCUAGCUUUACGGACGAGGAAAAGCGCCUUCUAAAAGGAAGCGCCGAUUUUUUUGGUUUGAACAAUUAUGGCACAGGCUGGGUCUCGGCGUCAAAGGAUCCUCAAUGGGACUACACCUAUGCUACAGUUAGCCAUGAAGGCCUUGUUCAUGGUCAGUCUGUUUGGCUAUAUGGAGCUGGGUGGGGUUUGCGGAAAUUGUUGAAUUGGGUGAAGAGGCGAUACAACAAUCCAGUGAUUUACGUGACUGAAAAUGGUUGGUCCACCGCAGCAUCAACAGCAGAACAGGCAGCGAAUGAUACAGAUAGAGUUCACUAUUUUGCAAACUACACUUCUGAGGUCAGGCGUGCAAUUGAAGAAGAUGGAGUGGACGUCCGUGGGUAUUUCGGAUGGUCAUUGUUGGACAACUAUGAGUGGGAGAUGGGAUAUGUUGAGCGCUUUGGUAUCACCUUUGUUGACUACGAACUUGGCUUGGAUCCCAACGCCCCAACCCCCAACACUCAUGUCCCCACUCCUGGUCAGCAGUUGCGCAGAAGAAAGACAUCCAGUUGCUUUUUGGAACAGCUCUGGCGAAACAAUCGGCUCCUGUCUCCCACGGCGCCAAAUUUGUGUGUCGAACCAAUCAUAUUUCAAGGACGGUACAAAGAUGCCUCCAAAUGCACGCAAGUGAUAGGUGUCUCUCUCGGUCCAUCUGGUUCCCUCACUGGAACGAUGCCAGCAGCUGGCAAGUUCUGCGACAACGUCACCGACCUACCCUACGGCCCAGUCUUUCUGGCUUUCUCUGGCAGCACCGUUGUCUGCAGGAAUUGUUGGAUGGGAAUUUCUUUUAUGCAGGGCUUUUGGUCUGACGAUGAUCUCGGGAUCCAGUGGGAUGAUGGCACUCUGUGGGUCAAGGAGCUUUGAGAAGACCAUUGCUAAGAUGGCUUGCUGAUUUUGUUUCACGUAAUCCUUUCCCAGGGUGCAACAAGCACCUCCAAUUAUUUUGCUGGAAAGCUUCACCGAAGCAUGAAUUUGUAAAAGUAGAGAAGUGACUUUGUCUUCCGCUGGCUCGAGAACCAGUAAAUGGUCAAAGAUUUCCGAAAGCACGAGGCCAUGUGUGCAAAACUGAAAGAGAAUGUCUUCGUGCGUUCGGUUCCUUAUUUUAGGACGAAGUUCCACUGUUGACACCCCUGUACAAGAGCGCGGACUGCCCUUGUGCGAUGCAAGGCUUCC